CAGCGUCAAAAGGCGCACCGCAGUGGAAAUCCACCUCAGCUCCACCCAUCUCAGUCCAGUGAGAUGAAAAUGAAAUUGAUCUAAGGAAAACUGUGCGUGGGAAUUUUCAUUUAUUCAGCUUGAUUUUCUGCUGCGAUCUGUUUUCCGGUUCGAAUGAUCGAUUUUUCGAGAUUUUGUUUGAGAUUUUGAGGUGUGAGGUUUGGUUUCGCGGGAAUCAGUGGGUUUGACGUUACAAUGCGAGCUGGUUCUCGUUGAAUUUAGUGAAAUUUUAGUGGGAAAUUUGAGAUGCAAGAAACCCUAAGUUUUGGGGAUUUUAUCUCGGCUUCAGCGGAUAUGUGAAAGAAAGUGAUAUGAAUAGGGAAGUGUUAGGAAAUUUCAUGACCGUCAGGACAAAACCAGCAGCUCUAGUUGUUGCAAAGGGCAAUGGCUACCGAGAUGAUGCUGGGCAAUCUAAGGUGGAACCUCAUGUGGGGUUAGAGUUUGAUUCAGCUGAGGAGGCACAGGAGUUUUACAGUGCCUAUGCUACCCAAGUGGGUUUCAAAAUUAGGAUUGGGCAGCUGUAUAGAUCCAGAGUUGACGGUUCUGUUAUUUCACGGAGGUUUGUGUGUUCAAAGGAGGGGUUUCAGACAAACACAAGAACUGGUUGCCCAGCUUUCAUAAGAGUGCAAAAGGCUGAUUCUGGGAAGUGGGUUUUAGCCAAUGUGAAGAAGGAACACAAUCAUGAAUUUGAAGCCUCUGGAGAACUUUGUCCGCCUAGGAUACAGAGGAAAAGUUUCCCAACUCCAAGGUCAUCUUGUGGUGGCGCGAGCCGGACAGGAAUCAGAUCCCAUGAGGAUGAUGGUCCAUCAGGUGUUGUUGAUAUGAAGCGUCUCAAAAAGGAAGAGAUCGAUGGAAUAGUUGGACCCAUAGGUGAACCUUAUAAAGGACUUGAAUUUAAUUGUGCUAAUGAAGCUUACAAAUUCUAUUAUACCUAUGCAGCUAAUACAGGGUUCAGGAUCAGGAUAGGUCAGUUAUUCCGUUCUAAAAAUGAUGGAUCAAUUACAUCACGGAGAUUUGUAUGCUCCAAGGAAGGGCAUCAGCACCCAUCCAGAGUUGGUUGUGGUGCAUAUAUGAGAAUACAAAGACAAGAGUCAGGAAGGUGGGUGGUUGAUCGUCUUCAGAAGGAACACAAUCACGAAUUUGAGUCUCCGACAGAUCCUAGUAGAACUGUGACAGUUGCAUCAAAGGGGUAUAGAGAGGAAGGAAACAGUGUUUUGGAGAACUUAGAUUUAGUUGAAACAAAUGGAGGCCUUAGCCUUGUCAAACGAAUUCGAGAAAGUAACAUCGAUAGUGAUUGGUAUAAUCUACUACUUGAAUACUUUCAAUCUCGGCAAGCUGAAGAUACAGGAUUCUUUUACGGAGUGGAAAUGCAUGAGGGUAAAGGCAUGAGCCUUUUCUGGGCUGAUGCAAGGUCUAGAUUUGCGUGUACCCAGUUCGGAGAUGCCAUUGUGUUUGAUACAACAUACAGGAGAGGUAGUUAUUUGGUGCCAUUUGCUUCAUUUGUUGGAGUUAAUCAUCACCGCCAACCUGUACUUCUUGGUUGUGCUCUAGUUGCGGAUGAAUCUGAGGAGUCAUUUACUUGGAUAUUUCAAGCUUGGCUUAGGGCAAUGUCAGGGCACCGUCCUCUGUCUAUAAUAGCUGAUCAGGACCGGGCCAUUCAGAAUGCAAUUGCCCAAGUUUUUCCUGGGACACAUCAUCGGUUCUCUGCCUGGCAAAUUCUUGCUAAAGAACAGGAGAACUUGGGUGCACUGCUCUCCAUGGAUGGCGAGUUCAAAUAUGAGUAUGAAACUUGCAUUUUCCAGAGCCAGACAGCUAGUGAAUUUGAUUCUGCUUGGAAUAUGCUCAUGAACAAAUAUAACCUGAGAGAGAACAUCUGGUUCAAGGAGAUGUAUAGAAUGCGCAAAAGUUGGGUUCCCUUGCACAUAAAGGGAACAUUUUUUGCUGGCAUCCCCGUGGAUGGAAGCUUAAAGCCGUAUUUCAGCACAAUCUUGACUCCCCAGACACCUCCCAACGAAUUUGUUGUACGAUAUGAGAAAGCUCUUGAACAGCGGCGUGAGGAAGAAAGGAAGGAGGAUUUCAACUCUUUUAACUUGCAAGCAGUUAUGCACACAAAGGACCCCAUAGAAGAACAGUGUCGAAGGCUUUACACAAUCACAAUGUUCAAAGUUUUCCAGAAGGAGCUUUUGGAAUGUUAUAGUUAUGUUGGAAUAAAGAUAAACGUUGAAGGAGCCAUUAGUAGAUAUCUGGUGCAGAAGUGCGGAAAUGGUGAUGAGAGGAAUACUGUUGCCUUCAACGCGUCGAAUCUGAACAUCACAUGUAGUUGUAAAAUGUUUGAGUUUGAAGGCGUUCUUUGCAGGCAUGCCCUGAAGGUGUUCCAAAUAAUGAACAUAAGGGAGCUUCCAUCUCGCUAUAUCUUGCAUCGGUGGACUAAAAACGCCAAAUACGGCAUACUAAGAGAUGCUGAUUCAGGAGGCGGCGCCCAAGACUUCAAGGCCUUGAUGUUGUGGAGUUUGAGAGAAGAAGCCCGGAACUAUAUCGAUGCUGGAGCAGCAUCUUUGGAGAGAUACAAACUCGCCUUCGAGAUCAUGCAGGAGGGUAGAAGGAAUCUCUGCUGGCAAAACUAGGACGUGUCUCAACCAUAUGUAAGAGAUGUAAAUUUUCCUUCUAAAAUUUUUAUCUUCAUUCAAGGCCAUACAAACUCGGAGCUGUCAAACUCUGAAGGUUAGUAAGUCUUUGCCAGUUUCAUCCAUGUAAUUAAAUAGCAUCCCUUUUUUCUUGUAUCCGAGCUGAUUCUCGGCUCGAAUUGUAGUUGUUAUCUGUUUAAUGUAUCGAUCAGGCAGUGGUUGAAUGAAGAUAUUCUCAAACCAA